AUGGCUGGAGUCGGCGAAAUAACGUCAACUAUUCGACAAGCCGCCAAAGAAGUGUCAAUGGUAAGAUAUUUUAACUGGUUUUGAUGUUUAGGUAACUUCUUAUGAAUAAUCUUUGCAUAAAUCGUUGGUAAAUGGUUAUAACGAAAUUUUUGAUACCAAUUUUGUUCAAAUUUUGGGUAUAUUCCAAAAGUAACGACGAGUUUUUGCGGUUGGUGGCAUGAACAAUAUCGAAAUUUCGCAAAAUCUUCAUUAUAAAAUGGACUUGAUUAGCGAAAGCGGUCUAGUUAGAUUUGGUAGUGCAGUCAGAUUAUGGGGUAGCAUUUGGUACGGUCAGGAGUUUUAUUCGCGACAAUUAAUUGAGUUAUAACUACAUUAAUCUUCCGUAUUUCAGAAGGUUCAACAGAAUUGGUCGAGUUUGCUAUUGUCCCAGCUUAACAUGCACAUUUUGUCGAAUGGAGUUAGUUUGUUUUUGUUUCUUUUUUGUGUUUUUUGUAUUUUAGGUGAUGUUUUAGUUGGGAUUGCUUUUAUUUACCGAAAUUACUUUUUUUCAAACUAAUACCUAAAAUAAUGUAAUGUAUUGAAAGUUUUUAUAAAUGUGAAGGUUGUAUCACGGAAAAGGUAGUUUUGAUACUGUGUUGCAGUUUCCAAGCUUUAAAGUGUUUUAGAGCUCUUCUCGAGUAAUGCGACCGUUUGUUACAUUGAAACAGGACCAAAACGGACAUUCCUUAUAUCAGCCAGGACUUUAUUAUGGAUAUAGUGUAAGUUUCGCCAUUUGGGCUUGCUUUUUAUGUUUAGUGGCCAUUAGGCUCUCAGUUGUUGAUGUUUAGGUUCUCAUCGACUCAGGAUGCCCGUUAUUGGCUUUAUUUGGCAGAAAUGCUAACCGUUUUGAUAAUAUAAGGUAUUAUCAGUAGAUAAUAUAAAAUUAUCAUUCCAGGGCACGUAUCUACCCCCACUUCCAGAACCAGAAAGUUCAUGUUCGGCUACUCCAACUCCGCAAUCAUCGACAUGUGAUUUUACAGAUGAUAACAAGUCAGAUUAUCCUUGCUCCUUGUCUGUGGUAAGAAACGAGCAUCGAAGUAAGACGGGAGAAGGUGAUCGGAAACUGUCUAAAUGUAGGACCAAAAAUUCGCUAAAACGGAAACUUUCGAAGCCAGUUCGAUGUGAUGCUAAGGUAAAGGGGGUUAUAUAACACUUGAUCAGAUAUUUUGAUUAGAUGUAUGUGUUUUCAAUGCUAAUAAAGAGAGGAAAGGUUAUAAUACUCUUUUAGAGGUUAUUAGGGCACAAAUUAUUUUAAAACUGCCUAAUUUUAACUUCCGCUAUAUUAAUAUCGAGUCGUCUGGUUUUAAUGUUGCUAAGAUUAACUAUAUUAAUUUGUAUAAAGGUGUAUUUAUUGACGUAUUUUAGAAGAAGAAGCUAGAAGAACCAGAAGAGGACAUACGACCAUGGCGUCAUUGGGAUAAUGACUUGAAAAGACUGUUCAGCACCUAUAAUGUUAACCCGCACAAAGAAUCUAACAGAUAUUAUAAGCAGUUCGAGAAGCACAAUCAGGAUGUUAUCAUGGUAAGUGGUUUCGGUCAUUUUGUUGAUAACAAUAUACCUUUUAUCUAUAGCGACAUACUUUUAUAUACAACAAUAUAUGUUUACCUAUAACAAUAAAGCUAUAUCUGCCUUUUAAUUACAAUUUUAAUAUACAAAUUGUAAAACAUCAAAUAACUAAAAAUCCAACAAUUUCAGAGCUUCAACCUCGACCGAGAGUCAUUUCGAAUCCCGACCAUACCGGUCCCGGCCCCACCACAAUGUAAAGCCGGCCCAAUGUACAGUCCGAUCGUAGCGCCGCCCCUACCCGUGCGCAUAUCCUUACCUUAGUCUGGUACUCAGCUUUUAUAACUUCACUUUUAUUGUUAUUCGAAUUUCCUUAGCCUAUUUUGUGACCAAAUACUAGAAUAAAAGCUAAAAAAUAUGUUAUUUAUUAGUUUCAUGUUAUUGAAUAAAAUAAUCAUAAUCUAGAGCUUGGUUUUUAUUGUAGAACACUGGUAUCUAUUAGUUUAUGUAAGUAUCUAACUGUAAUGUUAAUAUAAACAUUAAACCUGCAAAUAAAGUCAUAUUUUGUCUAACAAGCAAUAUCGAGUUCAGUCCCGCCACGAAACAUUUCAACAGCCAAGUAUACUCUGGCGUAAUGUCUUAGUUUGGUUUUUAUUGCGAUCUUUUUGAUAACCAACAACAUAAUACCAAAGUUUGUCGAUAAAUCAACAAAGCAGCUUCUUUUUUUCAAUUUUAAAUAUAUGUCUAAAGUUUUCGUUUUUUAAUCAAUGUUAUAAUGGACGAUCGCAUGGAAUAUUCGGCGGAAGACGUUAGUUUGGAUGUUGUAGCUAUGUAGAUUUGGCGUUUACAUCGUGUAUUGGUUUUUUAUAAAUUAUAGACUUGUUGUAACACACUUUUGAGUUAAUUUUGUGGCCUUCCAUUGAUGUUGUGGGUAGUGUUUGUGUCAUUUUUUGUAAUGGGCCUAAUUUUAUUUUGGAAAAAUUUUUCGCUCACUUAAUUUGAUCCACUUUUUGGCCUUUUAAAGGCGCUCUGGGGGUUUUUCCGGAAAGUAUUGUAGUCGACGAUGUGGAAAUUCUGGAAAAAGGCGUCAGAUUCAGGCUAAAAAAGUGGGUUAACUUAUUUUAAAGUGUCGUGUGUAAUAUAAGAGUGUACGGUAAAAACGAAACUAUGAAAAAUCACAGUUGUUAUUGUUUUUACAAUAUCUUAUCGUUUAUAAAGCAAAGGUUAAAUGUAUUUGUCAAAAAAAAGGCUGUAAAUUUUGAAAAAAAUGAAGUUUAUAUUACACUUGUAAAAUAAUUGUUGUACUUUAUCCCAAAUGUUGUAUUUGACGUAUUAUUGGUUGUAAAUAGUUUUAGUACAUUGAAUAUGUUAUAAAGUAGUAUUCUUAUUUAUAGAAUGUAAAUAUUCAUUUGGUUUUAGGCUUCUGAAUUAGAAGAUCCGAACAGACAAGUGUUGCGUCAAGAAAGUGGUCAAAACUACAAUCAAAAUUUUUCUGAAGCUGAGAAGUAAGUUUUUACAAUUUUACGUUGAUCUUUAGGCGAUGUUAACAACAAGCCAUAGGCUGUAGAUGCGAUUGAUUGUCUGGUUUCUUGUCUCGAAGUUUAUACAUACAAUAACAUACCGAAAAAUUCAAAUUUAUCUAUGUAAAGCAAACUUUUCUAGCCCAUCAUACUCUCAGAAUCAAACCUUUUGGACUCCACAACCUUUCGACUUUGGACAGACGUUUUUGAAUCAGCCCAAGGGCUACGGACAUCAACGACAACAUUCCAUAGCUACGGCUGAUCCAUUUAUCGAUUUUCAACCGCAAUCGAGUCAAUUCGCUCAAUAUCAGCAAGGAUUUGGGCUGAAGAACGGUAACGGUAUCUCUCAGUCACAGAACUUUAUUGGUCAACGACAGGUGAGACUUUUAGUAGGGUUUUGGGGCGAAAUGUUCUAGUUGUUCUGAGGGUUAAUAUAAUUUUUUGGAGUUUUAAUAUGGUGGACUUGAAUUCUCUAGCAUUUGUGAUAAUGAUUAGGAUAUUGGUUUUUAAAAACAAUAAUUUUUAAUUUUACUAUGUUUUACUGAAGUUUAUUUGAUAAAUAUAACUUUCCAAGUGCAAGAUCUGAUAGAAAACCUUAUUAAACGCGAAAAUCUGCUAAAAAAACUGACAUCAUUACUCUGUGUAAUAUAUUUAGCAAAAACAGUUUAAAAAAACAAGAUUUUUUUUAAAGUUUAAAUAAAGAAAAUUGAUAAAACAUAAGAAAAUGGCCGAAACAGAAGCGGGGGAGAGUUGUGGUCGAAAGCACUAUUACGAGCGGCAGAGGGCUGAGGUCAGAUCGGGCUUUUCGAAAGCGAUCGAACUUUUUUCUUUUGUUUCAAAAAGAUUUCGAAGGGAUUUUCGAAAAUGUUAUUGUUUUAGAGGUCGUUUAUUACAUGGUUUACGGGGGAUUUAAAAAUUUUGGUUUGUUAUGGUAGCUGAUGUUAGUUGCUUGAUUAUUUUAGUUGUUGUAUGAAAUUUUGUGUUUUAAUUUAGACAUUUGAGUCUUUAAGGUUCAUAUGAUAAAUAGGUUUAAAGGUUUUUUGUUAACAGUACAAAGCUGAAAAAUUACAGCAUAACUAGGGUUUUCAAGGGCUUGGGGUUAGCUCUGGCUCCGGAACAGAGCGGGUAUUUACAGAAAUUGCCAGCGCGGCUCCGAAGCCGAAUUCAAAAUUUAAAAACGGCAGAGCCUAAGAGUGGGAGGGGGGGGAAUGGAAGCUAAAUUUUUUUGGUCUACAGGAAGCUGCUACCUUUGCAGACAUUUUUUCUAUUUUUUUUCAAUUUUUCACGUUCAGUUGCUACCUGUAGAUUUUUUUCGGGUCAGCGCUGGAGGUGAAUCCACCUCUAUUCACCUCUAUCUAUAUCUAUCAAAGCGUAGUAUAUGAUGUUUGUGAUUUGUACCUGAGGUCCGCUUCUUUUUACCAUGACGUGUAUAUGAAAAAGAACGAACGGGCUCAGGGAUAAAUCGCUAAACAUUCGAAAUCAUUGUAAUUAGAGUAGCGAUCACAAGCAAAUAGACAUUAAAAUAUUUACAGUAGAACUCCUGUAUAAUGAAUUGCUGGGGGAUUUUAAGUUUUUUUCGUUAUGAUGGAGUUUUUGUAUAUAGGAGUACAAUUGUAGUACUAAAUAGAAGUACCACUGGUUCUAAUUAUACACAAUGGUAAGCGGUAGCUAAAUGAAAUAGAAGUUGCAAUUGAUAUUGGUCUUGCUUAUAAGAGUUUGUUAAUGAAAAAACUAUGUUUUUACUGAAGGUGGGAUAAAAACACGGUUUAGCUGUAAUAAUGCGAAAACUACGUUUUUACUAUUUUAAAAGUUAGAAGAAAUAUUUUGUAUGUUACAAGUUAGAAAUAUGUCAAAUGCUACAACAUGCCGAGCUUGCAAAGUAGCCUUAUGCAAACCCAAAAACGUAGUGUAAUAUAUGCUAUAAAUAUAAACGUUUUACAACCGGCACGCCCCAAAUGAAACCUCUCUAACUUCGGGCGGGCGAGUUAAUAAUUAGGUGUAAAGCCCGUUAAAGAUAACACCACUUUUACUAUGUCUUCUCUCGUGCCACGGCCAGCGAAGGAAGGAGGAAAAGUUGAGGUCAAAAAUGUAGUUUCGUUUUGGAGGUUGACGUAAAACAAUUGGAAAAGUGAAGUUAAAUGGUACUAAAAAUAAGAAAUACAAACGCAAGAGUUAACUGUAGUAAUAAGAGAUACAAACGGAAGAGUUAACUGUAGUACUAACAAUGGUAAGAAAAAAAUGGAGUGGAUAAAUGUAGAAAAAGCAAUUUCUUAUUAUAUUAGGUUGUUCAGAUAAUUAACACCGAAAAUUUAUUGUAGAGGGGCACAGAAUUAUUUGGACAGCCUAAUAUAAUAAGAAAUUGCUUAUACUACAGAACAACAUAAUAACUAGGCUUAUAAGCAAAAUAUACAUUAUAGUCAACAAGAAACUUGCUCUCGCUUUGGUUAAUUGCACGUGGUAGCUGUUCCAUUGUUAUAGUCAACGCUUUUAAAAGUAAACUCUCAUUAUAGUCAACAAAACACUUGGACAGGUUAGAGUUAACGGGACAGUACUAGAAAACCAUUGGUAAAGAAAACACUUGCCAUUAUCAAAAAAAUUUACCAUUUCUUGUUCUUACCUCCAGGGGGAUCUAUUAGAGGGAGGAAGGGGUGAAUGGAGGUGGAGCUUUAACACUGUCGAAGAGAAAACUGUAGCGUGUUUUGUAAAAAACAUUUUUGCCAUUUUGUGCUUUGUAAAGAAAGUUCUUGCCAUUUUUUGUUUUGUAAAGAAAGUUCAUGCCGUUUGUAUCAAAACAAGCUGAUUUAAUGCUCUCCAAGCUGCGGGAGACAAGUUAUACGAUAAAAACUAUUUUUCGUAAAAUUUCGCAGUUUUAAAGUUUUAUAUUGUGAGCUACGACACUAUUUAACAUUGGUGCUGCACUGCAGGUACAAAAUUUUUUUCUAUGAAAGCAAAAAAUUGAAUCCCACAUUAUAUUGAUAUAUGUUUAACAUGUUUAAUUCCAAAAUAUUACGGUAAUUUGCAACAAGAUAAAAAACUAGUUUCAAAAAAUCGAAAAAUGACACCAGAUAUCAAAGUGUAAUAUACAUUAUUAUCGAUUUCUGUAUUUAGCCGUUACAAUUAAAUAAUAAGUUUAUUUUUUUAUAUAUUUUGAACAUUUUAAGCUUGUUUUAAGCAUAAACAAGUUAACUACAAUAUCCAAAAAAAGUGAAACUCAUUAAGAUUUUAACUAAAUAAUGAAUUUUUUUAUAAUAUUAUUUAAACACAAUGAGUAGACAAGGUUUUUAAAACCCAAUGGCAUAGAUUAUUAUAUAUAAUCUUUGUCAAACAGUAAUGUGUCGAUUGCUUUCCAUUUCAAGCUGUUUCGCACUUUGUCAACCUUUUUGUAUCCAUAUCGCUUCAUUUCUUCAGAAAAUCGACAAUGGAUAGCUUCUAUACUUUCUUCAGCAAGAGCUCCAAUCAUUCUAUUCUUCCGUGCAUAUGGUCCUAUAUGCAUUAGUACGAUAUGCACUAAUGCACUUCUUGAUGCUCCGCCAAUGGCUUAAAGGCUUUGAGCUAGCUUCAUCGUUUGACAACACUUGUAGCCCGAGUGUUUACCACUUCGGCAGUAAAGCACCAUUAAUUCUUUGUCCGAUAGGUUCUUCUUUGUUGAUGAUACGAUUUUGCAUCAUUCAUUGAUGAUUUCUAUACCUUUACUGAUCUUUUGGUAGCCUUCUGAAGUGGAAAUUUUUAAAAAGUUGAUUAUAAUCAAUAAUACAAAUAACCUACUUGAUAAUGCAUCAAUUGAAGUGCACAUCCUCUUAAUAUUGUUUCCGUGGAAGCGGCUGUAGAUAAUCUUCUCCUCAUGGCAAUCAACGUCUACCUGGAAUUGCUUCAGAACUACAUCAAAGCGUUCUUGUUCAUCAACUGAAACACAAUUUUUUUUGAAUAGUAAGUUUCCUAUCUUGAUCUUGCUGUGAAGAAUUGGUGGGACAAUCUCAGGUAUGUCAACAAUCUUUUCUUUCCUCUUCUUAAGUUUUUUGUCCUUUUCAAUGGCUUAUUCUACUCUUUUGUCGGAUCUGGGUUCAUAUACUUCUAAAUCAAUGGAUUCUUUGCUUUUGGACCCCUUUAUAAAUUUUUUCGAGCACCAUAUGCAAGGAAAGGCAAUACCGCAGCUCAACCCAUUAACGGUGGCCAAAAAUGAAUAGUCGCCUCCAACAUAAACAUUGUACUUUUCAACGAUAAGUUCAAUGCUUGAUGAUCUUGAUUUACGAGCCAAUUCUAACUUCAAAUGUCGCUCUUGUUGUUUUUCUCGCCAUUGGUAAAGAACAGUACACGGUUUACCACGAUUCAUUUCACCAUCGUUCGUUAUUUCUUCACUUGCUUCAGCCAUCACCAUGUACAAUGUGGGAUUAUUUUUAUGGUUACUCCGGAUCGCAAACAUUUGCCAAUGUUAGGAUUGAGAAUUUUAGCUUUUUGUAGGUUGGCCAAGUUGAUCUUUUUUCGUUUCGAAGCUGGAGGCAUCUGAAAUAAAUAAAAAUUUAUAUUAUCUAUGAUAAUAGACCACAAUUUUAGUUUUUUUGGAACUACAUUUUUUUGGUAAUUUAAAUUGACUUGAAAAUUGGGGUACACAGCUAAAAUUAUGUUGUCUAAAAGCUGUGGGAUUCCAAAAUUUAAAAUUAUAGACAGUUUUGCAGAUCUAAAAUCGAAUUUUACGAAAAGUUCAAUUUUCAAAUUAAUAUUUUUUUACUUUCCCAAAACUUAAAAUUUUUAAAAAGUAGAAAAAUAGAAAGUAAAAACACUUACCUUCGUAAUGCUGGUUCUUGUUUAGGCCAAUGUUGCUUGGUUUUCCAGCAACGAACAAAAAUGUAACACGUACAAUAAAAAAUUUCUAAUUUUUCGCGAAAAAUUCCCUUUCGAUUAUUUUGUACCUGCAGUGUGCUGUGAAUUCGUCAGAUGCAGACUUUAAACAGUAGUCAAAACUGUGACGCAAAAUUUGAAUCUAGUAUUUAUGGUAUUGGCACGUACUUGGACAACCUUUAAAAUUUUAAGAAUUGCAAUUAAUUUUGUUGUAAUUUAAAACAUUUUUUUGGAAUUUUUGUGCAAAGAACUCCCGAUACAAUGAAUUGCAAGGGAAUUCAAAAAUUUUUUACUAUGUUUCGUUACAUCAGGAGUUCUUUUAUUUAAGAAUCAGAGAAAGAUUUUUUUCUACAGGUUCGAAAAAUGCUAUACGGGGGUUUUGUUAUAAGCGGAGUUAUUAGCGAGGGUUCACUGUAUUUUAGAACAGUGUAAAAAGGGUUUUUUAAUAAUAAAAACAAAAAAAUGUUUAAAAUCGACGCCAGCUUGUUUUUCUUUGAAAAAGUGUAGAAAAAACGCAGAUUCAUACUUAUAGACCUAAUAUAACAGUUUAUAAGGGAAUUUUAUAGCUCUACCUUUUUUUAUUUUUUUAAAAGUUAAGAUUUUCUUUGUAUUUCUUUGACCAAAUAAAAUUUUAAAGUUAUUUUUACGUUAAGAAUAAUUAAUUUUGAACGUGAUAAUCUCAAACUUAAGCGUUCUUAACCAGAUUAUAUUUGCGUUCUUCAUUUGCCUUUAAAAUAUAAUGUUGUUUUAAAAGAGAAAUAAUGGCAUGUUUUUGGCUUGAAGGGGAGAUAGAAGGUCAUUUUUUGGUGUAACAUUUAAGAAAUUGAGGAUUUUUGAGUGGUAUUAUUAGAAUGAAAGCUUUGAGGUUUAAUAUACAGUAAUACUGUUGUAGAACCACUUUUUUGGAGUUUGAAAAUUCGUUAUUUAAAAACAAAAUCGUAUGAACAACUCUUACAAACCCACAUUUUUCAGCAAUCACUGCCAGAACGUUCGGUACCCUACUACUACGUCGAACACCCACUCCCCGCCAAACACCCAUACCGAGGACCAAUGUCCACCUCCCAAGUCGCCACCUCUCAUCAUCGGCCACAAAAGAAGGACGAUCACACGGCCUUCCCAUCAACCUCAAACACCCAAAUGAUUCAAUCUCAAAUGGAUACAAGUCAGAUGGAGCAGAAGAAAAAGGAGAUCUACGUCUAUUCCUCACCCUUCAAUCUCUAUGGAAUGGCAUGGUCCACAAGGCCGGAGCCGGAAAACAAGUUUCGACUGGCUGUGGGAAGCUUCAUCGAGGAGUACAAUAAUAAGGUAGAGUGUUUUGCUUAUGAAGUUGGGGUGAUAUGUUUCAUUAUUAUGACAGUAGUCAAUGCCGAAUAGAUGAUAGGUUAAUAAUAUUAUAAAAGCCAAAAUAAUCAAAACUAAUCUAAUUUUUAUAUUUUAGAUAAGCAUAGUCCAACUACGUGAAGAUGUCGGAGAAUUCAAACACAUUGGCACCUUCGAUCAUCCCUAUCCAGCGACGAAAGUUCUUUGGAUUCCGGACAAAAAGGCCGCUACCCAGACCUGA